GAACUGCACAUCCUAUAAACUCCUCCUUGGCGUGGUCAAACGGUUCAGAAUAAAACUGGAAUUCAGUCAUUGGUUGUGCUUGGCUUGUUAGCCAAGCGUUCUCAGCCACUAGGACUAGUGUCCUUAUGAAGAUUAGAUGUGUGGCUAGGUUUGGGAGUUUAUAGGAAAUUAUACUUCUCAAGAACGCACAGAAUGGGAGAAGAUAAGCUAUUGACAUCUGAGUGAGCGAGGAGAAAAAAAUCUCCAGUGUUUAAAUAGAUUUUGUCUUGUUUCAGUAGAGGUGAUGGAGGCGGUCGUCUGGAGGUGCUCGUCUGGAGGUCCGUGGCGGUCGUCUGGAGGUGCUCGCCGUGAGGUCCAUGGCGGUCGUCUGGAGGCGCUCGCUGCAGGUGGAGGGAAGGCCGGGAGCCGUGCAGCCCAACGGAUGCAGAACGAAGGACUGAGGCGGAGGUCCUGGAGGCAGAGGCCAGCCUGGAGGCGGCGGUGGCCUGGAGGUCCUGGAGGCGUCCAACCUGGAAGGGGCGGCAUGGAGGGCCAGUUGGCGGCUCCUCAUCAAAAGGGCCUGGAGACGGCCGAGGUCCUGGAGGCAACGGCGGUCCUGGAGGCAACGGCGGGCCUGGAGGUGGAGGCCAACCUGGAGGUCCUGGAGUCGGUGGGCCUGGAGGCGGCGGUUGGGUCCAACCUGGAGGGCCUGGAGGCGGUGGUGGAAACCAACCUGGAGGGCCUGGAGGCGGUGGUUGGGACCAACCUGGAGGGCCUGGUGGCGGUGGUUGGGACCAACCUGGAGGGCCUGGUGGCGGUGGUUGGGACCAACCUGGAGGUCCCGGCGGUGGCGUCCACCUGGCGGCGGUCAGCCUGGAGGGCCCGGCGGCGGUCAGCCUGGAGGGCCCGGCGGCGGUCAGCCUGGAGGGCCCGGCGGCGGCGGCGGCGUCCUGGAGGGCCCGGAGGCGGCGGCGGCGUCCUGGAGGGCCCGGUGGCGGCGGCUCCUCAUCCAAAGAAAUGAGGCGACGUUGCGGAGGUCCAGGCGGUUGGCCCGGUGGAGGUCCUGGAGGAGACGGUCCCAGCGGUGGAGGACGGCUGGGGGAUCCGGCGGUGGAGGUCCGAAGGCGGGUCGUGAUUAGACCAACCAGCUCCUCAUCCAUGGAAGCCACACUGCUCAAG